CAUAACAAUCGGGUCUUAAUAUUUCCACUUUAUCCAUUUUCUCUUUAACUUUUUCCAAAUGAGUCUAAGACUUCAGACACUGAAAAUCUAAAGAUUCAUUUAGCGAUCGUGCUUAUCAUUGAGAAUUAUAAAAUAAAUUAGUUAUGAUAAUACCAAAGAAAAAUUUAACUGAAUUUUAAAUAAUAUUUGAUGAAACGUUUGGAAUAGUUAGUAAUAAGUUUUUUAAAAAGUGAAUUUAGUGAAAAAUAUUUUUAUAGUGAUUUUCUUAUAUUCCUUACAGAAGUUUUUGAAAUAUGAUUUCAAUAAAAAUGCAUGUAUCUAAUGUAUGAAAUUAAUGGUUCGAAGGAUUCUAAAAAUAUCCAAGCUCUUUGUAAAUUGAUACAUUGAUUCUUAUGUAUUAAUAAAGAGAUAUGAAGAACUGCAAAAUCUUGAAUAAUCUUGGCUGUAAAGAUAUGCAUGAUGUUUGGAUCAAUGGAUAUCUUAGAAUGGUCAUAAUCGUACAAUUAAACAAAAGGAUAUUCUACAAACAAAUGUCCUUCUCUAACUUCUACAGAUUUGUAUUAAGUAUAUUUUAUCAUCGUGUAAGUUGCUGUAGUACCAACAGUUCUGGAAAUGAUGGUAAUGCGAUUAUCUGCACCAACUUUAGCAAAACAAAUGGAGCACAAAAUGGGCACAAUGAUAAUAAUAAAGGAAAAAAAUCUGGCAUCGCUACGAUGGAAAUUAAGUCGCAUUGUGGAAAUGCAUCCAGGGGAGGAUAGCGUGUUUUAAUAUUAAAAAUAAUUGAUGGCAUUCUUAUCAUAUCGAAGAUUUGCAUCCUACUUAGUGAAGGAAUCGAGUUCACUUCGCAAAGAUCAAGAGAAAGUCAGCUUAUGAGGACUCACCGAUGAGAAUUAACAAUAAUUGAAGAUUGCAAUCAUUAAUUAUACAUUUGUAACAUAUAAGAACUAUAAUCAUUAAUUGUUAUUCGUUGUAAAUUUAAAUAAAAAAUUAUAUAGAUAAGGAAGUAAGCAAUUCAUUAUGUAAUUACAGUCGUUUAGUAUUAUGGACAAUAGUUUGUAAGCGUAAUCAUACACAAUAAAUUGUAAGAUUGAAAGUGAGCUGUUUAAGGUGUAUGACAUGUUCGCGAGCACUAAUUGCUCAUAUGAUGAGCAGUUUGUUUAGGAAAAUUCCCAAAAAAGUCUCUUUCUGUUUUUAUGACUAACAGUCCUUAGUUAAAUUUGAACAGUAAGUAAUGUUUGGAGGAUUAUUUAGAAAGUCUGGUUGGCAUGUGUAAUUUCAUAUUUCUACCAUCUAAUAUAAACAAUUAGUUUGUGAAUAUAUUGUGCCUGACUAUCAGACACGAUUAUGUGCGCGACAUUGUGAGAGAAAUCUACUCUCUAAUAGACAAAAUACGAGUAAUUUAUAUACAGUCUACAAAUACGAAAUAUCCUAAUUAUGAUUAAUUGAAGGCAUUCGAUAGUCAUUAACUUACAUCAAAUCAUUACAAUACAAUAUUGCCGGCACAAAUACAAAUAUAUGCAAAAUACAUGAUAAAUAUAUUCAAACAUAAUAUUUAAA